CCGAUUGUGUCCUGCUACAUACCUCCACCCUGCGUUGACUGCAGUCGGACUCGUUGCCUUGUCAUUCUAUUUAGAAAGCUUGCUGGAAGUAGACCUGUCGACUCCAUCUUAUUGCUCAAACUGUGGUUGCGAUAUGCCCCUCAUCACAGCUGUAGAUAUUGCACACAAAGCAUUUGACUAUGUCAUCGUUGGUGGAGGGACCGCAGGUCUCGUCCUCGCUACCCGAUUGACCGAAGACACGAACGCGAGCGUCUUAGUGCUCGAAGCUGGCCCCGCAAACGAGAAUGACCCAUUGCUCUUACGCAUGGGCUCGUAUGGCGCUCACUUCAAUCAAGAGAAAUAUGAUUGGUCGUUCCUUACUGUUCCACAGAAGCACUGUAACAACCGACAGAUCCCGUGGCCAAGAGGCAAGACCCUGGGCGGAAGCUCGGCGAUCAACUUUCUCGCUUGGGUGAAGCCGCCGAAGGAGGAAAUUAACGACUUCGAAAGACUCGGUAAUCCUGGGUGGAACUGGAAGAACUUCGAAAAGUAUUGUGCCAAAGCUGAGGGGUUCGUCAAGCCGUCUGCCGAGGAGAUAGAGAAGCAUGGGUUACAUUCAGUCGGGGAGUGGAAGAUGGGUGAGGAUGGCCCAAUCAAGCUGGCUAUCCCGUCGAGGGCGUCUGGCGCGGACUUAGACGCUAUCAAAGUCAUGAAGAGUGCGGGGAUCCCUGAAGCCCAAGCACCUCAAAAUGGCGACCCUAGGGGACUCUACAUCUACCCGAUCUCCGUCGACCCGAAGACGUUCAAACGGUCCUACGCCGCGAAUGCCUACUGGAUACCCAAUCAGCACCGUCCCAAUCUCAGCUGUAUCGUCUCUGCUACGGCGCACAAAGUCAUCUUCGAAGAAGGGAGCACACCGCUUAAAGCCACCGGGGUCGAAUUCAUCGUCAACAGUGGUGGUGAGGCCACAGUCCACGUUGCGACAGCGGGAAAAGAGGUCAUCCUUUGCGCUGGGGCGAUCAAAACCCCUCAACUUCUCGAACUCUCGGGAAUCGGUAGCCCAUCCAUUCUUUCGAGAUACGGGAUAAAGACCAAGAUCGAUAUGCCGGAGGUCGGAGAAAACGUACAAGAGCAUAACACUGCGAAUGUGACGUUCGAGCUUAAAGACGAUGUCCCAUACGAGACCUUCGAUGUUCUGAGAUACCCGAAGAGAGCAGCAGAGGAGCUUGCAUUGCACUCUCAAGGCCAGGGUCUCUUCACCUACGGCUCCCUUGGCUACACCUUUGCUCCUCUCACCUGGCUCUCUCCCCGUGCGAGAGAGAUACACGAGGCCCAGAUCUCACGUGUCAACGAGUUCACAGCGACCCCUUCUCGUUCAGGGGAAAAGAGUAGGCUGACGGAGGGCUUGAAGGCGCAGUUUGAAAUCAUGAAGGAGAGAUUGGGGCCAGAAAGGCUGGGGCCUGGGUGCGAGAUGAUGCACGCGGCCAUGUUUAGAAGUUUUCCAAAUCCACCGGAGCCAGGCAAGAAGUAUUUCUCGUAUAACUCUUGUAUGCAUCAUCAGUGGAGUCGGGGAAGUAUUCAUAUAGCGUCCACGGAUCCGUUUGCUAGUCCCGUGAUCGACCCUCAUGCAUUCGAGGAGGACAUUGACCUCCAGACGUUUAUCGAAACAGUCAAGUUCGUCCGUACUUUGCGCCACAUAUCGCCUUGGAAAGAGCUUGUCGUCCGAGAGGUCAACCCUGGCCCGGAUGUACAAACGGAUGCACAGAUUGGUGAUUACGUCAAGAGCUACAUGUCGACUACAUUCCAUACUGCGGGUACGGCGUCUAUGCUUCCUAGAGAGAAAGGUGGCGUAGUCGAUCCUCAACUGAAGGUAUACGGAACGUCGAACCUACGUGUGGUGGACAUGUCAAUUGUGCCACUGUUGUUUGCGGCUCAUGUUCAAUCGGUGUUGUACGCCAUCGCAGAACAAGCUGCUGAUAUCAUCAAGGGCGAAUUCGUGGCAUGAAAUUGCAAGCGAGGUUUACCAGUGUCUGAGUGUAUGAUGUUUGCGGACUGUGGGAUGCUCCGGUUACUGGACAUGAAUGCAUGUACGAUAGACCACAGCAAUGUUAUCUGAU